AUGUUCGAAGCCAAUGGAGGCUGUGGAUUUGUUCUGAAGCCCCCUGUUUAUUGGAAUAAGAACUGCCCCAAAUAUCAACAAUUUUGUCCUUUAGAACGAGAUUUUGACAGCAUCGAACCUGCUAUUUAUUCACUGACAAUUUUAGCUAAUGCAAAUGGUAUUGGAAACUAUCCCACCGACUACUUUCUGAUGGAGGAGAAAUGCUUUAUAUCGAAAGACAGAAACGAGUAUAGGAAGCCACCGUUCCAGAGGGUACUUGGCCCCGAGGAAGAGGUCAUCCAGCUCUUGAACAGCUGGUUCCCAGAGGAAGGCUACGUCGGAAGAAUUAUCUUUAAAAUGCGCGAGGAAACUUUAUGCAAAGCCAAAUACUCCUACAGUAUUUUGAACCAUCCUAACCCAAGCGAUUACGUCCUUUUGGAAGAAAUAACGAAAGAGCCAGCAAACAAAAAAUCUUCCACACCCAAAACGUGUCAGAGGAUUCUUUUGGACCAAGAAUGUGUCUUUCAGGCCCAGAACAAAUGGAAAGGAGCCGGGAAAUUUAUUCUUAAACUUAAGGAACAAGUCCAAGCAGGCCGAGAUGAUAAAAGAAAAGGCAUUUCCUUUGCUAAUGAAUUUAAGAAAUUAACCAAGUCAAGUAAGCAGUACAGAGGUUUUAUAACUCCACCUCUACAAACUUCUUUGGAAGGUCUUCAGAAUAAAGACGACAAGGCGGCUUGCCACUUGACGUUUAGCGAUGCUAUGGAAUAACUCUUAACAGC